CAAAUUUAUCGUGUUGUUGUUACGCCCUUUAAAAAGCAUUGAUGGCUCCGUGCAUAAAAGUUAUUUCCCCUAGUUCGCAUGACAAGAUGGCUACGCUGGAGGAAGACGAUGGAGCGAUCGAAGAUGACCAGUUUCAUUCGGGGUUGGACUUCCCCCCUGUAGUGCAAGAGGCGAUAGAACAGGUGCUGCCCAGUUCUGACCCAUUGGACAGUCCCGACUUCAAUGCUGUGGAGUACAUCAAUACCCUUUUCCCAACAGAACAGUCACUGUCUAACAUUGAUGAGGUGGUAGGCAAGAUGAGACUGAAAAUCAGAAAACUGGAUGAUGAGAUCCGCACAGUGGUGAGAGGGCAGACCAAUGUGGGGGAGGACGGCAGACAGGCUCUAGAGGAGGCCCAGAAGGCCAUCAUCCAGCUCUUCUCCAAGAUCAAGGACAUCAAGGACAAGUCUGAGAAAUCAGAGGAAAUGGUGAAGGAGAUCACAAGGGACAUCAAACAGCUUGACCAUGCCAAGAGGCACCUGACCAGCUCCAUCACAACCCUCAAUCAUCUCCACAUGCUGGUGGGCGGAGUUGAUUCAUUACAAUCUUUGACCCGUCGCCGUCAGUACGGAGAGAUCGCCAACCUCUUACAGGGCGUGCUUAACGUGCUGGAACAUUAGAAAUACCUGACCAUUCCUCAGAUCAAACAGCUGGCCGACAAGGUGAAGGAGAUCCAGUCAGAACUAGCCACACAGAUUCAGGCAGAUUUUGAAGAAGCAUUCCAAGGACCAGCAGCUAAGUAUGGCCCUGGGAACCAGAAACUACUGAUGGAGGCGUGUUAUGUUGUCAACGUUUUAGAGACCCGAGUUAAGAAGGAUCUGCUGAGCUGGUUUGUCAAGUUACAGCUGUCAGAGUACCUGGUCCUGUUUGCAGAGGACCAGGAUGUGGCAUGGCUUGACAAGAUUGACCGUCGUUAUGCCUGCAUAAAGCGUACCCUGGUGGAUUUUGAGGAGAAGUUUGGUCACCUGUUUCCUCCAGACUGGGAGGUCAGUGAGAGGAUCUGUGUGGAGUUUUGUAACAUUACAAGACGAGAGCUGUCUAAGAUCAUGGGGAAGAGGGUGAUGGAGAUUGAUGUCAAGCUGUUGUUGUUUGCCAUCCAGCGGACUACGAGUUUUGAAGGGUUGAUAACGAAGCGGUUCACGGGGAUAACACUUCAGGAAAGUCAGGUGAAGCACCCACCCAGCCCUGCCCUGAGGUCGACAAACCCCUUCGGGGAGCCGGUCAACCCGUUUGAGGAAGAGGAGCCACAAUCACCUGUUGUACCUGAAGUUGAGCCUACCAAUCUACAGCAGGUUGUCUCCCCUUUCAAUGGCAUCAUCUCUAAAUGUUUUGAGCCUCACCUGAACAUUUACAUAGAGUCACAAGACAGGAACCUGUCUGAACUGAUCAGUCGUUUCUUGGAGGACCUGCGUCAGCACGGAACGCCGCGCAUGGAGACGGAGGAGAGCAGUAACGUGCUGCCCAGCUGUGCUGACCUCUUCGUCUUCUACAAAAAGUGUAUGGUUCAGUGUUCGCAGCUCAGCAUGGGUCAGCCCAUGUUAGAUCUGACCAAGACAUUCCAGAAGUAUCUCAAGGAGUACGCCAUGAGGGUGUUGCUAGGAAACCUGCCAAAGUUAUCUAACCCCAACAGCAGUAUCACCUCUGCCUCAGGCCUCAUCCAGAGCAUCCUGAAGGAAGGGGAGAUAACCAAGCUUAGGGAGGAGGAGCAGUGCAGGAUCUGUAGUAUCUUGUGUACAGCUGAGUACUGUAUGGAGACGACGCAACAGCUGGAGGAGAAACUCCGGGAGAAAGUCGACCCCGAGCUUGCUGGCCAGAUCGACCUCAAUGCCGAACAGGACAUGUUCCAUAAUGUAAUAUCUAACUGUAUUCAGCUGAUGGUACAGGACCUGGAGACAGCUUGUGAACCAGCCCUCAAUGCCAUGAUGAAGAUGCCGUGGUCAACAGUGGAGGCCGUGGGAGACCAGAGUGGAUAUGUGACAGCCAUCAUUUCUCAUCUAAAGCACAACCUCCCACUCAUUAGGGACAAUCUUGUGUCCUCUCGGAAAUACUUCACCCAAUUCUGUGUCAAGUUUGCCAACACCUUCAUUCCAAAGUUCAUCAAUCACUUGUUCAGGUGUAAGCCAAUCAGCACAGUAGCAGCUGAGCAGCUGUUGCUGGACACUCACUCCCUGAAGACAGUGCUGUUGGACUUACCCUCAGUUGGAUCACAUGUCACACGUAAACCUCCUGCCAGUUAUACAAAAAUUGUUGUUAAAGGGAUGACCAAGGCAGAGAUGAUUCUCAAGGUUGUGAUGUCACCCCAUGAACCACCCCAGGGGUUUGUGGAGAACUACGUUCGUCUGCUGCCAGGCUCUGACAUCACAGACUUCCAGAAGCUGCUGGAGAUGAAGGGCUUGAAACGUGGAGACCAAGCCGUCUUGUUAGACAUUUAUCGUACUAGAGUGCCACAGGCAUCAACAGGGCUAGGGGAGACAACUCAGUCAACAGGGUCUUCCUUCAGCCUCAACCCAUCUCCAGAGCAAGAGUCCAGUCGAAUCAGAAAACUGGAAAAACUCAUCAAAAAGAGGCUAUGAGAAAGGCUUUUUGGUAUUAAAACUCGUCUGUUAUGGAUUUACAUGUGCAUCCAAGUGAAAACCCCUUAGUAUCAGUUUGCCAACUUGUAGCUGUUAAAAUUUGAUAAGGACUCAGUUUAUGUAACAAAUCAGUUGUGUGCUGAACAUAAAAAAGUUUUCUGGAUUGACCAUCAUCUGUAAAUAAUAUACAUUAUGGCUUGUGUUUGCAUAAAUAAGUUAAAAACGGCACCCUAUGUGCAAAUAUACGGCCUGUAAACAGGAGAGCAUUUGUUCAAUCCCAAAUCACAUUAGACAUAUGACUGCAUUAUUGAUGCAUCCUUGCUUGGUGGUCAGCAAAAUGGUAUAGGUCAGGCACUGAUUAAUCUGGUGUCAGACAGUACUCUGUAACUUUAUAUAGAUGGAUUGCAUCAUGGUUUAUCUUUGAUGUGGCAUUUCAGUGAGAUUGGAUUGUCUAAUACAAGAAUUGUUGUCGUUAAAACAUUGUUAAAAAGUGAUACCAAACCUCAUUCAAGAAAAAAGAGCAGAAAUUUCUGGGAUAUGAAGGCAGACAACUGACUUAUAAUUCCAUGGAAUCUGGCACACUAAUAGUCUCCUUGCUGUAUGAACUUUAGUGGUGAGAAAUUGUGUGAAGUUAAUAGAAGAAGACCCCCAGAUGAAGUUAAUUUGUGAUUUAGUUGUUAAACACAUACAAUUUCAGGGGAUGUUUUUCGCAAAGUCAGUAUAACAGAUUGGCGAAAAAUUCCAUGAAACAAUAGGUCAUAUAGCCUAUGCUUUGUCCCUUAUUGCUGUUAGCUCUUGUUGUUGUGUCUGAUGUUUAUUCUGUACAGUAAUUUAUAAUCUCAAACAGACUAUUCGACAAAGCAAUCAUGGGAUCAGUUGAUUGUAACUAUGUCGGUAACAUGUAUUCCCAAUGUCUCGUAGUUACAAUCAAUUAGAACAGAGUCUUUUAUUUGUACAAUUGCUUCUGUAAAAUACAGAUGUAAAGAUAUUUAUAAAUACAAUAAUAUUCUAUG